GGACGGGCCCCCCCUCUGCGCGGCUCUCGGAGCUGCACGCCGACUGAGCCCGCCGCUCCAGGGCCCAUGUACUGGAAGCAUGAGAACGCUGCCCCGGCGCUGCCCGAGGGCUGCCGGCUGCCGGCGGAGGGCGGCCCCGCCACCGACCAGGUGAUGGCCCAGCCAGGGUCCGGCUGCAAAGCGACCACCCGCUGUCUUGAAGGGACCGCGCCGCCUGCCAUGGCUCAGUCAGACGCCGAGGCUCUGGCAGGCUCUYUGGACAAGGAAGAGGGUCGGGCCUCCCCGUGUACGCCUAGCACCCCGUCUGUCUGCUCGCCGCCCUCUGCCGCCUCCUCCGUGCCGUCCGCGGGCAAGAACAUCUGCUCCAGCUGCGGCCUGGAGAUCCUGGACCGGUAUCUGCUCAAGGUCAACAACCUCAUCUGGCACGUGCGGUGCCUCGAGUGCUCCGUUUGUCGCACGUCGCUGAGGCAGCAGAACAGCUGCUACAUCAAGAACAAGGAAAUUUUCUGCAAGAUGGACUACUUCAGCCGAUUUGGGACCAAGUGCGCCCGGUGUGGCCGACAGAUCUACGCCAGCGACUGGGUGCGCAGGGCGCGCGGCAACGCCUACCACCUGGCCUGCUUCGCCUGCUUCUCCUGCAAGCGCCAGCUCUCCACCGGCGAGGAGUUCGGCCUGGUUGAGGAAAAGGUGCUGUGCCGCAUCCACUACGACACCAUGAUCGAGAACCUCAAGAGAGCCGCCGAGAAUGGGAACGGCCUCACGUUGGAGGGGGCAGUGCCCUCGGAACAGGACAGUCAGCCCAAGCCGGCCAAGCGCGCGCGGACGUCCUUCACCGCGGAGCAGCUGCAGGUUAUGCAGGCACAGUUCGCGCAGGACAACAACCCGGACGCGCAGACGCUGCAGAAGCUGGCGGACAUGACAGGCCUCAGCCGGAGGGUCAUCCAGGUGUGGUUUCAAAACUGCCGGGCGCGUCAUAAAAAGCACACACCGCAGCACCCAGUGCCGCCCUCUGGGGCGCCCCCGUCCCGCCUUCCCUCCGCCCUGUCCGACGACAUCCACUACUCUCCGUUCAGCAGCCCCGAGCGGGCGCGCAUGGUCACCCUGCACGGCUACAUUGAGAGUCAUCCUUUUUCAGUACUAACGCUGUCGGCACUUCCGCAUCUGUCCAUGGGCACCCCACAGCUGCCCCUCAGCCGCUGAGAUCCAGUGUCCAAACUGUGGCCAGGGAUCCACCGCCUCCGCAUCCACCCCCACCCGCCAUUCUGCCCGCCGCCAGCUGGGCCCCCAGGCCUGGCCUUCCCUCUCCUGCUGAGAACCAGAACUGGCCAGGAGCAUCACAGAGUCCUCCUCUUGGAAGGCAGAGCUCCCUGAAAUUUGGAAUCAGGGUGAAAACAACAGCCUGUUUUUCCCAUUUAAACAGGAGUCAUCUUCAACUUCAGCUGAUUACAACAGCAAAAGACAAAUUGAAUCAUGCGACACCAACAGCCUCCUAAUUUACAGGUUUUCUUCCCCGCCCUCCCACCCCCAUUGGCCUUUAUUUACUACUUCCUUGGAACCAUCUCUGAAUUCCGAAUAGCCGACAACCCCCAAUGUCAUCCACUCUGUUGCUUUUGUCUGGAAAACUCUACAGUGUUUGUGGGAUGUCCCCAAAGGAAAGCUAUGUUCUAAUUUUAUCAUUUCCAUCUGUCUGGUUAUGUCAAGUUAAUUCAGAAAGAGAAGAGACACUGACCAACCCUGAGAGGCCCAGUAGGGCAGAGAUGGAGGCCUGCCCAGACCAAGAGGCAGAGGGACAGGCGGGGGA